GCCCAAGAUGGCGCUGGCAUGGCGGUUCAUUCACGGAGUCCGCCAUCUAUUCCGGUAAGAGCGGAAGUGACCUCAUCGCGUCCGACGCAUGGACGCAGAAGAAUGACGUCGGACGCAUCGCUGGGGGACGUGUACAUGACGCUGGCACAGCAGGAUGCUGCCACGUCAUAGGCCCUGCCUCCCCUUCCUCUCUGGCGGGUCGGAGACCCCGGAUCUAUCCUCAGGAGCCCAGCAACUCUGCCGGAAGCCGGCAGGAGUGCCAGACAUUGUGGAAGAGAUGUCAGAAGCCCUGCAACUCUGCCAGAAGCAGACAGGAGUGCCAGGGAGAGAUGCUAGAAGAUACUCAACUCUGCUGGAAACCAGCAGGAGUGCAAGGAGAAUAAGUUCUGCUCGGGGUGAGUCAGAUUCAGACUCUUGGACAGAGGAAGAGGAAGAAGCUGUCAUACCUACAGUGAAGGAGCCGCCUGUACCACUCUCCAGGGGUGAGUUGACUUGCGCUAGCAUCUGGGGUGAGUUGCCUGGGGAUCAGGGUAGCUCUAGGGAGGUUUUGAGUUUACUGCGCGCAGUAUUAGAGAAGUUGUCUGGGGGGGUCGCAGGCGCAGAGCAAUAGAGCGCAGGUAGCUAAAGGGGUUCAAGGGGGGUUCAGACCGUGUCUGCGUGGGUGUCUCAUAUCCCCCCUGGGAGUCCAUAUCCCCGCGGAGAAGCAAGGAAAGGAUAUGUAAUGGUGAGUACGUUGACUUCUUGUCAUUGGUUCCCCCUGACAGGGAAUCUGUUGACAGGCCCCGUAGGGGGGAACUGCAUGAGGGCGACAAGUCUAAGCAGAUUCCUCGCACGUUCGGUAACUGGCUUCAGGGGUUUAAUACUUAUUCAAGUAUCCUAGUCCGUCGUUUUCCAGACAAGGCUAGCUCUCUAUUUGGGUAUCUGGAUUUAAUCUGGGGGGCUUAUAAUAUUUAUGGGUGUCAAUGUUGGUUUCGCUACGACCAACAAUUUAGGCAAAAAGUGGCAGCAUGCCCGGAUAUGGAUUUCAGCAUGCAGGAUGGUAGCCUAUGGCUACUUCUGAUGACGCUGUGUAGGCCAUCUCCCUUUCCCGGGCCUGCCGGCGUGCACAGUGGCGUGCCAGCAGGCCACAAGAGAGGAGUCUGCUGGCUGUUCAAUGAAAGCCAGUGUAAAUGGUUCAGUUCCUGUUGUUUCAGACAUGAAUGCUCUCAUUGUGGAGGAGCAUACCCCGCUAUGCGCUUCUUUAAAAAGGGGAGACAGGCUACGGGGAAGGGAGCCGACAGGGAUGACGUACCUAGAAGUGAGGACUCCAGUGAGCGUCACAAGGAUGCGGCCGUGGCUCGACCGGUAUCCCAAUAGACGUGCCGCGGCGGUUCUGUUAGGGGGAUUUUUGAAGGGGUUUUGGAUUCCAUUUGUCUUCUCUGAGUCCUUUUGUUUUGCGGAGAACUUAAAAUCAGUCCGCGGGAUGGAGGAUAGGUUACAGGACAAAUUGGAUAGGGAGAUUAGACUGGGGCGGAUGGCCGACCCCUUGGUCUUCCCUCCUUUUCACAAUCUCGGCAUGUCGCCGCUGGGUUUAGUCCCCAAAAAAGAGCCUGGCUCCUUCCGAUUGAUUCAUCACCUAUCCUACCCGGCUGGAGGAUCUGUGAACGAUGACAUCGGAAAGGAGGUGUGUCGAGUUCGAUACGCAUCCUUUGAUAGGGCUUUGGAACUGGUGCGGGCAGCCGGAGCAGGUGCCCUGCUAACCAAGUUAGACAUUGAGUCUGCUUUUCGGUUGUUACCAGUACACCCCGAGUGCUUCCACCUCCUGGGUUGCCACUUUCGUGGUAGUUAUUAUUACGACAUGUGCCUGCCCACGGGGUGCGCGAUUUCUUGCUCCUACAUCGAGAUGUUUUCAUCCUUUCUCGAAUGGGUUACAGCAAUCAGGUUGGAACUCAGUUAUGCACUACUUGGAUGACUUCCUGUUUGUGGGCCCUGCAGGGUCCCAAGUAUGUGUGGACUUGCUGGCUUCCUUUCGGGCUAUAGCUAAGGGGUUUGGGGUUCCGGUCGCCGAAAAUAAGACAGUGGGCCUGGUCAAAGGAGCUAGGAAGGUUCAAUUGCAUCAGAUGAAGGACCUUUUGGGUCACCUGACCUUUGUGUGUCGGGUUCUGCCCCUGGGUCGGGCAUUCUGUCGUCGAUGGUUGUUGGCCACGGUUGGUAUUCAAGAACUGCAUCAUUUCAUCAGGGUAAACAACCGCAUGCAGGAGGAUUUACGGGUCUGGAGUUCCUUUCUGGCCACCUACAAUGGCCACUCAUGUUGGCUCCGGGAGGCUGCACCUAAUGCAUCGUUGGAUCUCUUUAUGGAUGCUUCUGGCUCCGUGGGAUUUGGAGCUUUCUUUCGUGGUCAGUGGUGUGCUGAGUCAUGGCCUGUGGGCUGGAAAGGUAUAUCAUGCGCAACCUCACCUUUUUGGAGCUCUUUCAGAUUGUGGUGUCAUUGGAAUUUUGGGGUGGAGAUUUGCGAGGUCAUGUCAUUUUUCAUACUGACAACAUGAGCGUGGUUCACGUUAUUACGCAGGCUACUUCUGCCUCCCCUCCGGUGCUGGCCUUGCUCCGGCGCUUAGUUCUGUUGAGCUUACGCUUCAAUGUAUGGGUUAAGGCGUGUCAUGUUACUGGGGUAUUGAAUGUGGUGGCUGACUCUCUCUCUCAGUUGCAGUGGGACUGGUUUCGAGAAGUGGCACCCGGAACAGACCGCGUGGGUCUUCCCUGUCCUCCAUCUUUAUGGAACCUGGCUUUGGAGGCCUGAGACGAUUGUUGUCGGAUUCGCUAUCCCAGGCGUCAUGGCGGGCCUAUCAGGUGGUAUUGUCUCGCUGGCUGUCCUUGGCUAACAGGACUAAAGGGGUUUUAUCGGAGGAGGGCCGGUUCGAGGCCACUCUGCUUCUCCUGGCCUCUUUGGAGUCUCAAGGUAAGUCCAGUGCGGUGGCGGUGCGUGCUAUGUCUGCCUUGUCCUUUUGCUUUUGGUUUCUGGGUUGGAAGGAUCUUUCAAAAGCAUUCCUUAUUCAGCGAGUGUUGAAGGGUUGGAGACUUCAAAAGGGUAAGGAUCGUCAGAGGCCGAUCUCAGCGCUAGAGCUUUUGUUGAAGGAUCUCACGAAGGUAUGUGCUUCUGACUUUGAGGUGUUGCUUUUUCGGGUAGCCUUUUCCUUAUGUUUUUUUGGGGCAUUCAGGGUGGGGGAGCUGGUGGCUCCUAACUUACGGUCGUUAUCUCCUAUGUUGUUGUCGGACGUGUAUAUGUCGGCUUCGGCUCUGGAUCUGGUCGAGGUGCCUGGGUUCGAAUUGGUGCUGCUAGUUGCCCCUUCUGCCCGGUGCGAUUGUUGGAAUCGUACUUAGCAGUUCGUCCGGGUGGGGUGGGCUCCUUAUUGGUUCAUGCUGAUGGGUCCCCGUUAACGCGAUAUCAGUUCUCCGCUAGGCUUAAGGCGGUUUUAUUGGCGGUCGGUGUGGACGUUUCAGGAUACUCGGUCCACUCCUUUCGGAUUGGGGCCGCUACUCAGGCAGGCAUGUUAGGAUUCUCGGAGGCAUGGCGCUCUUCCGAGACCUCACGCUUAUUUGGUCUGAAAUGGUUCCGCACCCCUGUUGGCGGGCAUUGUCACACGCCCGCGGGAUUGAACGGGCUCGGCAAAAAUUAGACAUGAUGGUUGCCAGGUUUGUUCGAAGUCUCGGGGGCAUAGUGGUUCGCCACGUGGAGUUGGAAGGGGAGAACAUGAAGGGAUGCGGAGGGAUGGUGUCCACCUAACUAGCAUUGGGCUUGAUAUUUUUAAUUUGGGACUUCAGUCUGGAGUGGAGUUUGCGCUGGCUGCGGGGGGGGGGCGCAAUGCCGACAGGAGGGACUGGACAGGGUCGACAUCGCGGUGUGUGUCUAUGUUCCUGGCCAGCGCAUUGGUAAUUGAAAGAAAUUGAUGAGUCAACUUGGGGAGUCGCAGCCUGCCGAGGGCUGAUGGCUGUAGGCAGGCUGAUAUGAACUCAUGGACAAAGAAGUGGUAUCUGCCUGUUGGGAGAAGUCUCUCAACAGCUGGCAGUUGGAUGGAAAGCUGGUCUGUGUUAAAAUUAAUAAAGCUGUGGCCGUUGCCCUUACACAUAACUAUUGUGUGGUGUUAUUAUUUACGUAGGGCAACGGGAGGUGUUUUUUUUUUUUGGAUCAGCAGUCAUGUCUGAAACAGAUGUUCCUCUUCCAUAUGAGCAACAUCAAUUCUAUCCAGUUUUGAUGGAAUUCAUUGACUGACUAUCACCUGACACUUCUUAACCAGUUAAUUCCACUCUAAAUUGUGCAAAACUAAUGUUGCUUAAGCGAAAGGGGAACUAUUUCUUCAGAGAUAUCUGUAAUGAUGAGCCAGCCUAUAGGAACCCAGAGAACCCAUGCAAGUGACUCUUAAGAGUGGGACGGUGUUAGGGGACACCUGGCACCAUAACCACUGCAUUGAUCUGAAGUUACAGUUUGGAUGGAAUUCAUUAGCUGAGAGUUUCAACUGAUGCUUCUUAACCAAUUAAUUCUGUUCAAAGAUUGACACAAUUCAUAUUGCCCAAGUAAGCAUCAAGACUUGACUCUUAACAGUGGGAUGCCUAACACUAUAACUACUACAGGACGCUAAAGUGCUUAGAUAAUCCCUUUAAUAUGAAGCAAAAUUUACCAUUUUAUAAAUGAAUUCAGCAGGAAUGUUGUAAUGGCAUCCAUGUUGAUUGCUCCACGUUAAUGGCCUGAAUGGCCCAGAAUUGGUCAUAUUAUCCAUCUCUCAAAUUAUCGUCUGUAUUACAGCUGUGGCUCUCUAUGAUAUACUCUAAAUAUUAUCAGACUCCAAUUCUGGAUCUUAGGAGAAUGGAUUGUAAAAGAGCUUACAUGAUGCUGCUGACACGCAAGCUCUUAACAUGCAUGCGCAGAGUAUUGUAAAAAGUGAUUGUUCGUUCAGGCAGCUACAUAUGUUCCUAGCAUAUCCUCUUGCUGUGUUUAUUAUUAUUUAUACAUUUUCAGCAAUUUCAAAGCAAUGUACAAUGACUGGGCAAGCAAUCAAGUAACUGGUCGGACAUGCGAGAAACAGGCCAGCUUACAUCCCAAAAGGACCAUGGUAUAAGUAUACAACUGGGUAAAGUUAAGUCGCAUUUUAUUCAUAGUGAAACUUAAUUGAAAGGUGUAUAUACAAUACAAUAGUAUAAAAAAAUAUGCAAGUUAUAUGUGAGUUGGGUACAUUUGCCAUUUUUCAUCCAUACUUGCCAUAACUCACCCUUCCUGACACAAUUCACUCCUUUUGUCAUAUUUCCUUCAGCACCUUCACUUUGGAGUUUUUCAUGAAAUUGCAAUGCACCCAGAGGAAAAUAUACACAAGACAAAGUAGAGAGUACUUUGUUACAUUAAAAAAAAGAACCAACCGUGAAGCCCAUUCUUUUAUACUGUUGACACCAAAAGAAGGCAAAAAAAAUAAUUGUAGCCAUUUCCAAUUAUGACACAAAAAGGGGGGGAAAAACAUUCUUGACUCCAUAAUGGCAAUCAGAUUUUUUCCUUGGAUUAAUAACCUGUUCACAUAUAUUAAUUAUAUAAUUGAAUACUCUGUUUUUCCCCAAAACAUCCAGACCUUUAAAAAUAUAUACAGA